CGGCGCGCUUAUUUGGGUUUCUUCUGCAUUUUAUUGUAGCAGACGGAGGCAAGAUCCUAUAGAUUAAUAUCUUUUCAUACGGAGAUUCUAUUUAUUCCGUAUUAUUUCUAGGCUCCUUGAACAUUUUAUAUAAAAUAUUUUUGAAAUGGACAAUUCAGAAGAAAUGGACCUUGAUUCCCUUAUGGAAUUACUGGAUGAUGAUGAAACAUUUGAGGAAGGAACUUCUGUUCCACAAGUAACUGCCAAUACAACCGAAAAUAAUUCAGCAGUUACUAAACACAUUGGCAUUCAACCGCCUCAACUAAAAUUGAAGGAUAUGUUUCAGGAAGACUUUCUUACUCCAAAAAUAAUUGAAAAUCCUAAAAAGGAUACAAGUUUCAAUAAGCCUUCAUUGAAAAUGUUUCCUUUAAAAGAUAGUGUUGUUCAUACUGGUGAAACUGAUAGUUCCGAUGAAGAAAGUAAAGAAUAUUUGACAAAAACUGGACAAAACAUAAAGAAAACAAUUGAAAAAAAAUUAAGUCUAUCAGAUCUGCAUUCUAAACCUACAACAUUUUCAGUUUCAACAUGGACUGAUAAAAAUAAAUCUAAAAAUAAUGCUAAUAGCAUAGCAAAGGAUAACUCAUUUAUUGUAGACAGCUACUCUGGCAUCAGAGUCAUAAAUCCUCUUGUAUCUUUUACUACUUUGCAACAAAGAAUGGAUGGUAGAAGGAUGAUUAAAAUGUCUUUCAUCCAUAAUUUCAUAAAAAAUGGUGAUAUUGAAGGAGAUUGGGUGACAAUGGGUGUUAUUAUCCAAAAAAUUCCUCCUAAAACAUCAGCUAAUGGUAAAACAUAUUCUAUAUGGAAAAUGUCAGAUUUACAUGAUGUUGAAAAACCUGUCAGUGUCUUCCUUUUUAAAACAGCACAUACAGAACUCUGGAAAACAACUGUUGGAACUGUUAUUGGAAUUCUCAACCCAUCUAUAAUGCCAAAGAAAGAUAACCAUAAUGAAUUAUGUCUUGCUGUCGAUCAACCAGGUAAAUGUAUGAUGAUGGGAAAAUCUAAGGAUCUAGGAUUUUGUAAAAGCAAAAGAAAAGAUGGAACCCCUUGCAAUGUAGCAGUAAAUAUGUUUCAGUGCGAGUACUGCACAUUUCAUAUCAAGAAAGAAUACAGGAAAUUCAGUAGCAAACGUAGUGAGCUGCAAUCUUCCUUCUCUGGCAGAGAGCCCAGUUUAAAAAACAAAGUUUUGAAAGGGCAGAAUGUAUUUUAUGGAGGGCAGUCAUUUACUGCUGCUGUUGAAAAAAAGUCAUCAAACAAGCUGAAGACUAAAGACAAGCUGACAUUGUCAAGCCUUAAUCUUAAAAGAAAAGCAGAAGCUCUUGAAUCUGUUGAAAAGGAAAAAUCUGCAAAAAAACUUUCAGAUAUAUAUGGCCCUGAUAUUUUAAAAGUUGCUGAAAAAAAUUCUGAGUUUAUAAAUGAAAAACUCACCAUACCAACAGCAGGAUCACGUAAUCUUCUGCACCAUCUGAUGAAAGAAAAACCCAAGAAAGAAGAACAAGUUGUGAAAGUAAUAACUCCUAAAGAGCAACUGAAAUUAUAUCAAAGUCGAAUGAAUGUGAAUGGUCCAAAUAAACAGAAAGAUCAAUUAAUUCUUAAAAAUUUGAUGCCCCAGAUUGGAAGAGGUUUGCAUCCUGGUCAAGAAGUAACUUUAGAUUUUAUAUCGCCAAAACGCAGCAGUCCUUCAGAUAUUGCUAAAUUGAAAGCUAUUCAGUUAAUUAAAAAAAAAGGACCUUUAAAAAAUAAGGAUCCCAAUUCUACGAAAGUCUCUGAAGAAUCUGCAGAUAAAGUUAAGGUUGUUCUUGAUCGUUGCCUUGAAGAAAAGAAAGAUGGUAAUCAAUCCAAAACUGAAAAAUCAUCUGUUGUAACAACCCAACUUGGAACUUUAGAUAUGAAUUCAGAAAAAGUGAAAGAAAUUUUAAAUCGUAAAUCAAGCCACAUGUAUGAAGUAGAAAUGGCUGAGAUGGAAAAAGAAGCUGCUUAUUUUAAUGCAUUAGAGAAAAAGGAACGAAUGGAAGAAAAAAUGGCAUCGACUUUAGAAAUUGUUUGUGAUGUUGUGUCGUGUAGGAAAUGCAAAUAUACUGCUCAUUCUGCAACUGAGAAAUGUAAAAGUGAACAACAUCCUUUAAAAUGCCACAAAGCUGUGAAACGUUUCUUUGCUUGUAAAGAUUGCAAACAUCGAACGUUCGCUUUCACAAAGCUGCCUACCCAUGUCUGCAGAGUAUGCAAAGGAUCCAGUUUUGAACGUACUUCUAUGAUGAAGGCAAGAAAGGGCCCAAAAUUAGAUGCUGAGAUUUUGAACAUUCGUGGAGAAGAAGAAAAGUUUUUAGAUAGCCAAUGUUCUAUAAAAUUUUAA